AUGUAUCAAAGUGUAACGACAAGCAGCAGCGUAGAUAAACGUGCCAUUGUUCUUCACUUCAUUCGGGCAAAUUAUGAACAACAGAAAGGAGGGGUAAUGAAACGUGGAAGAGAAAGCAAAAGAAUGGUCGUGGAACGGAAUGCUUUUGUACGUGCCGUGAAAGCCUUACUUGCCCUUCUUUGCUUCUACGCUUUAUGUCUUCUCACCUGCCUUAUUUACACCAUUCGAAGACAAUAUCGAAAUGUACGUUUGCAUUUAUCACUUUCAGCAGUUUUUGUUUGUCAACGAAAACGAGGCAUUCAUUGA